AUGGCUGCCGCCGCUGACACCGCCGCUACCGUCGCCGCCGUCGUCGGCUUGUCGGGUACCGCAGCGUUGCCGCUCGACGGACGCGUGGCCAUCGUGACCGGUGCGUCACGCGGCAUCGGGCGCGCCAUCGCGGCCCACCUCUCCUCCCUGGGUGCGAGUGUCGUCCUGGGCUACGCGUCCAGCGCGGCCGAGGCCGACGCGCUCGCCGUGGAGCUCCCGCGGGCCGUGGCCGUGAGGGCCGACGUGUCCGACGAGGCCAGCGUCCGGUCCCUCUUUGAUGCCGCCGAGUCAGCCUUUCGAUGUGCCGCGCCGCACAUCCUUGUUGCCAACGCCGGCGUGAUCGACGACAAGUACCCGUCCCUCGCCGACACCACCACGGCGGACUUCGACCACGCCUUCGCCGUGAACACGCGCGGCGCGUUCCUCUACCUCCCGCGAGGCCGCCAACCGCAUGCCCCGCGGCGGAGGCGGCCGGAUCGUGGCUCUGACGAUGUCCGUGGUUGGGAAUCAUGCCAGUGCCCACGGAACCGUCCUUUUGACAAACGGAGUCAUCCACUGACUGUGGCGUCCAACCAGGCGGUGGGAAUUGCCAUGGCUGUGGCAGUGGCGUUGGCCUGGGCUUUGGUGGUUGCUGCUCCACAAAUAAUGAUGACUUCCCUUUUAAUUAUUUCCUCGAGAGAGAGCUGCUGA